ACUCCAAUGUUGUGCUAUACACUUUCCACUCCUUCAUAUUCUCUUUAUUUUCUUGUGUCUCAAAAUCCAAUAUCAUCACAAUCUUGAAGAUGAAGGGGAUAUACAAUUCUUUGGAAGGACUAAAACCAAUCGUACUAAUGGUGUUUGUGCAGAUUGCAUAUGCUGCUGUGAAUAUCAUAUACAAGCUCGUCAUAAAUGAUGGAAUGAGCAUGAGGGUGGCUACCGCUUAUCGUCUCACUUUAGCGUCGGCUUUCACCAUUCCUCUUGCUCUUAUCUUUGAUAGGAAGAAGAGACAAAAAAUUACUUGGAAGGUUCUUUUUCUGGCAUUUUUAUGUGGAUUGUUUGGGGGAAGUUUAUUUCUAAAUCUUUAUAGUGUUGGCUUAGCUUUGACUUCAGCAACUUUUAUGUUGUGCAUAUCCAACCUUGUUCCUGGAAUAACCUUCAUCAUGGCCAUAUCCUCCAGAUUGGAAAAGCUAAAUUGGGGAGUAGUAGAGGGAAAAGUCAAGGUAAUAGGAACACUUAUUGGCAUUGUUGGGGCAAUGGUGGUGAUAUUUUACAAAGGAGUGGAAAUUAAUAUUUGGUCUUCCAAUAUCAAUCUUAUGCAUCAACAUCAUAACCAAAAUGGGCUUCUUGAACCAAAACAUAAGGAUUUUAGUAAUAAAAUAUUGGGUGUUCCAUGUGCUAUAGCAAGCAUUUGCUCUUUUUCUUUGUGGUUAAUCGUUCAGGCUAAGUUGAAUGAAGAAUAUCCAUGCCAUCAUUCAUGCUCAGCAUUGAUGUGCACAAUGGGAGCAAUUCAGGCCAUUGUUGUUGCUCUUUGUAUCGAUAGGGAUUGGACUGAAUGGAAGCUCGGUUACGAUAUUCGUCUUUUUACCGUGGCUUUUUCGGGAAUUGUACCCUCCGGAUUAGUGAUUAUUGCUAUUGCUUGGUGCAUAAAGAUGAGAGGUCCUUUAUUUGCAGCUGUUUUCAAUCCUCUUCAGCUUUUACUUGUAGCUAUCUUUGCUUAUUUAUUGGUGGAUGAGAAGUUAUAUUUAGGAAGUGUUCUUGGAGCAGUGUUGAUCGUGUGUGGCCUAUAUGCGGUGCUUUGGAGUAAAAGCAAAGAAAUGGAAAAAAAGACACAAUUAUUAUCAUUAGAAACUAACAUUGAGCUUGAAGCAGAGGAACUUGUUGUGCCCAAUCCUGAAAAGUGUAUCCAAAGCAACAAGACUGAAAACAAUAUUAUUGAGAUUAAUGUUCCAAAUGUUAAAAUUGAGUCUUUGGAUUCAUGUUAUGAUAAUAGUACACACCACCAAGUUGGUUUGUAACAUGUUUCUAAUUUCGUUCUCAAUAUACAAAUUUAUCUAAUUGUAAUGUUGAUCAUGACAUGCAUUUUAUUAUUGUUAGUAGUAAUGAUAACGAUCCCUCUGCGAUUAAUUCAACUCA